AGAGAGGAGAAGAAAGAGAAACCAGGGGGGCGAGGCGCCGUCCAAUGACAAAGCCCAGGGGUGGGCGCCGGCCGCCAUCUUGUACCGGGCAGCAGGAUCUUCACCCGCGUCCUCCGCCCUCGGAGGGGGAGGGGCGGCGGAGGCGAGAAAAGUAGCGAGAGACGCGCCGGGCGGGAGGUGCCAGCAGCGGCCGCCGCCGCGGAGCCAAACACGGGCGGGGACGGCGGCGGCGGGACCCGGCGAGCGCGGGCGGCCCCGAGCGGCCUCCGAUGCGGCGCAGCGUGAAGAGGCGGCGGCGCCGGCCCCCGGCGGCCCCGGCCGCGGCCGCCCGGGGCGGCGGCUUUAGGGCGGGAGGAGGGGCCGGUCUGGAGGCGCGGGAGGAGAAGGUGGUGUACUCGCGGUCGCAACUGUCGCUGGCCGACAGCACCAAGGCACUGGGCGACGCCUUCAAGCUGUUCAUGCCCCGCAGCACGGAGUUCAUGAGCUCGGACGCGGAGCUCUGGAGCUUCCUCUGCAGCCUCAAGCACCAGUUCUCCCCGCACAUCCUGCGCAGCAAGGACGUCUACGGCUACUCCUCUUGCCGGGCCCUCGUCCCCGACCCCCCGAGGGGCCCCGCCGCCCGCGGCCCGACGCGCAGGCCGGCCCCGAGCGCGGCGGCCAGGAGGAGGCGCCGCGGAGCCCGGGCGCCAGCCGCCCGCCGGAGGAAGCUGCCGCCGCCCCCGCCGCCGGUCCCCGAGGAGAGCUGCCCCGUCAAGCCCGCGGCCCCGGAGCCCUGCUUCGGGGGCCGCACCCUGGAGGAGAUCUGGAGGGCGGCCACCCCGACGCUGACCACCUUCCCCACCAUCCGCGUCGGCGGCGACGUGUGGGGCGAGCGCAGCCUGGCGGCGGCACGGCGUAGAGCGCGCCAAGUCCUGCGAGUGAACCUGGAACCCGUGGUGAGGCUCCGCCGCUUCCCGGUGCCCCGGGCGUGACGCGCAGCCCGCGUCACCCUCCCAGCCGGGGACGGAGCUCCCGCCCGGAGGGAUGGACAAGUGUCAGUCGAGUGUUUACAGAUCCGGCCAGGACCCCGUCCCCUCAUGCACUUUACGGGCGAAGAAGUCACCGGAUGGUGUUCCCGGGCCCGCGGCACCGCCGUCUGGAACUCCGGGGCAGGUGCGCCCUCCACCCCCUCCCAGUGCCGGGCAGCAGAGGAGACCGCGGGACCCGCGGGGGGAGGGGGGAGGGCCCUUUGCUUCCGUACCCCGGACUGAGACGUCUCCAGGACUGAAGGGGCAGAUCCGUUUCCUCCCUUUGGACUCUACCUCACUGGUCUGGAAGUCCUCCGAAGAAGUCGUUAUUUUUUCCAAAGGAAUUUGGUUUCGUGCUUGUGUAAUAAAGCCAGAAUCUACUUGCUUUUCACCCCGCUCUUCUAUCCCGAGCUCCUUCCCACCCCCUACCCCCAUUUUUUUUCUUUUCAACUGCCACCCCUCUUUCUGGACGAAAGAUCGAACCUGUCUGGACGAUAGAUCGAACCUGUUUUGUGCUGUUGCACCCGUUUGUGCUCAGGGUAUUCUGAAUCCCACUCGUUUCCUAAUUUUAACCGGAUUCCAAAGCUUUGACCAAGGAUAUUUUUCAAGCUUAUGACUUAAUGUUAAGAGUGCAAGGAUUUGUAUGAUUUGAAUGCCAUGGGCUCAGUGAUUACAAACAAAGAGAUGCAAAGUACAACUAUUUCAACAUUUUUGAGGUGUUUCUAAAGAUUUUAUAUUGAGAUUUAAUGUUUAUAUUUACUGAGCUCCUAAAGAAAAUGGUAGAAACUCAUAUAAAGUUCUGUUUAGGAAAAGUUGAUUUGUUAAAUUCUUUUUGAUUAAAUAAAAAAGUACGUUGAAACCA